AUGCGCGUCGACGAGUGCUUCCAGGACGAAUCCCCAGGAUUCUGCCUCGGUUUCCUAGCCAGCACCACGACUGAUUACGUGGCCAUCCACACCGACUACGCCAACUGUGAAAACAACAUCGCUGCUGCCUCAUCGGCUUGGUCAUGUAUCACUUACACAUACACGCAGACUGCAUUGACCUUGAGCUUCAGCUCUUCCCCUGUCGAGACUUCCAGCUCGUACCCUGGGAUCACGCCACAGAGCACGGGUAGUAGCUAUUCCAUCAAUAGCAUCUCCAGCAUCACCACCACCACCACCGAAUACACUACCAGCAUCAUCUACUCCGCCACAAUCUACACUGUCACCUCCUGUACCUCAACCGUGCCCAACUGCCCCCUCCCCCCCCCCACCUCAACCCCCUACAGCACAACAGAAAUCAUCCCCGUCACCACGACGGUCUGUCCCGUCUCUUCCUCGAAGCCCAGCACCCACCCUUCUCCUCCUUACCCAUUUACUUCCAUCUCCAUCUUCUACAGCACCAAGGCGUACACCAUUACCGCCUGCGCUGCGUUGUCAUCUUGCGCUGUGGGCCAGGUGAUAACCACGGUUAUUCCUACUGGCACGACUUGCAUUACGCUCGGUAGCACGCUUGGCCCAGUGGCUUCGUUUACUUAUUCUGCUUCUUAUGGUGCGACUGUGACUUAUCAGCAGACUACGGCGGCGGCAACUACGGCGUAUGGGACGGGGGUGGUGCCGAGCAAGACGACGGGGACGCAGAUCGUUUCUGCGGCUGCAGAGAAAGUGGGGAGGCGCCUGGAGAUGGCUGCUGGUGUUGUGGGUGUUUUGGCUGUUGCCAUAUUGUAA